UGUUAGUUAAUUUUUUUGUUAAUUUUUUUGCUAAUUUUUUAAACAUUUUCUCUCAUAAUUUUACAUUUUUCUUUCGUAACCGCACUUUUUUUUUCAAAAUUUUUUUAAAUUUUUAUUCACUUCCGGUUUUUAUUUCAUUUCUAUAUGCCUACAUUUUUAAAGAAAAGAAACUUUUAUUUUAUAUUUUACACCUUUACACAAAGGUGUGUUUUAAAAAAUAAAUAAAAUAAAAGAAUUUUGAAUUAGUUUUUGGUUUUAAAAAUUUUUUUUGUUUUAUUAUUUUUGACUUUUAAAACAUAUACCCUCUAUAGUUAUCUUUUUGUUAUACCUAUGUAUAAAUAAUUUAGUUAAACAGAAAUGCCAAAUAGGUGUUAGCUUGUUGUUUUAAGGCUAGAAUAAAUAACACUCAAAACUUUUCUUUUGUUUUACAAACUUGUUGUGUUUUUCUUUUAUUUUAAAUGUUUUUAAGGGUUUUUGUAUGUGUUUUUAAGUUUGUAUUUUAUUUUGAACAUUUAAUUCUGAUUUUUAGUUUGUAUUUUAUUCUGACUUUUUAAGUUUGUAAUUUAUGUAUUUUUAAGUUUUGUAUUUUAUUUUGAUUUUUUAAGGUUUGUAAUUAAUUCUGAUGUUUUAAAUAAUUUGUAUUUUCUGAUUCUUAAGUUUUAAGUUUUCUUUUUAUUAUUUCAAGUUUUGUAUUUUUUCUGAUUUUUUUAAAGUUUGUAAUUCUGAUUAUUUUAAAUUGUUUUAGGUGUGUUUUUAUGUUUCUUGAUAUUUUUAUAAAGUGGUGGUUUUUAUGUUUUUUAAGAUAACUAAUUUUUGUUGCUCACACACUCACCUUAUUCCCCUUCCCUUUUUUGUGGUUUUUGUUGUGUCAGACCCUUAGCCUACCUCCACGGUUUUUUUUGUUCAAUUUUCCUUUUUUUUUGGCCAUGUUUCCUCCCCUUUACCUCCCCUCUUUUUUCAUUUUACUAAUUUCCCAUGGCUAGAAUUACUUCACAAAAAAGGUUUUUUGCUUCCUUUUCCCGUUCAUUUUCUUUCAAUUUUUAUUUUAUUUUUUUAAAUAUAAGAGGAAUUGAUUGAGAGAACAAAUUUGUUCUAAAAUAUAUAUAAGGUAGUUAAUUAAGCUAAAAUAUAUGGCUAUAAUGAACUAAAAAUUUAAUUUUUUGGAGGAUUAAAAAUCUUUUUAAAUUUUUUAUUUUUAUUUUACUCACUGAUUUUUUGAAUUUUUUUGCUUUUUUUCCUCAAAAAAAAAUUUUUUUCUUUCUCCUCAUUUUCUUUUUCUUCGUCUUGUUUCACUUGUUGUUCUUCUUGUUAAUAAUAUUUUUUUAUUAUUUUUGUGUGCUUACCGGUGUCAAUUUCAAACUAGUAGUCGAAUGUUUAUUUAAAAAUACAAAUAAAUGGCUAACUGCGCAUUCAAACAUCAAAAAAAAAUUUUUUAGUAGAAAAAAAUAUCCUCACUAACAUAUGUUCUCAUUGUUGUUGUAAGGGAGGAUAAUCAAUAUAAAAAAAUUUUUUUAGAUUUUUUGAAAAAUAUUUUAAUUAAAAAAAAUUAUUUUUUUUCUGUAAAUCCUUUUCCCCCAAUUUGUCAUUAAUUUGAAAAAAUUAAAAAAUAAAACCUCCUUUAUCUACUUAAAUAAAAAAUGGAUUUACUUCAACAAUGCCAAACCCAAUCAUUUUUCCAAUUACCAACAGAAAGUUGGGUUUAUGUUUGGCUACUUGCUAUUAAAGAUUUUUAUAAACCUAUACAUACGUACCUGUCAAUAGUUUUGUGUGCGUUGGGAGCAAUUUGUAAUUUUUGUAAUAUUGUUGUGCUUACAAGGAGAAAGAUGAGAACACCUGUAAAUAUGAUUUUGACAGCUAUGGCUUGUUGCGAUACUGUUGUAUUAUUUUCUAACCUUACUUAUACAACACAUUACACUUUUGUUGCCUUUGAACAUUGUGUACCUAAACAUUGGUCUUAUGGUUGGUGUGUUUUUCUGAUCUCACACGCGCAUCUUUCACUUGUUUUUCAUUCCUCCUCAAUUUGGCUUUCUGUAAUGCUUGCUCUUAUUCGUUAUUUAACUUUACGACGGCGUGGUAAAGCUUGUGUUCAAAUUGGAUUGAAACAUUCUUAUGUUGCUAUUGCUUGUGUUGUUUUAUUUGUAUCGCUAAUGAAUGCUCCAAAUUUUUUAACUUAUAAAAUUACUGAACAAACUUUGGGUGAAACUUGUGGUGAUUUGGCUGUUUUAAAAUAUAAAAAUCAUACAGCUUAUAUACCUGGUGUGGCUGAUAUUGCUUUAAAAUCUGAUUGUUUGGUCUUCCGCCUAGCUUUUUGGAUAACUGGAGCUGUUUUUAAAUUGUUUCCUUGUUUAUUAUUGACAGUCCUAGUGUCGCUACUUACACAAAUUUUAAAAGAAGUUAGGGCUAAUAGGCAAAGACUAUUUUUUGGUGGUGGCUGUAGCAGUAGUACUUUUGAAGCAAAUUCUUCUCAACAAUUUUUUUCGGAGCCGAUAAGUACACAAACUGCUGUUCUCUUCCUUUUCCCCGUUGAAUCUUCAAACAAUCAAAAUAAUGAAUCUCCUACAACAGCAACUAGAAGAGAUGUAUUACUUCAAAACAAUGGGAAUAAUAACAACAGCAAUACAACAAUUAAUUUAUUAAGCCCUCCUCCUAUUACUUCAUCUACUUUAACUUUAAAUAAUAGAAAUGACUGUACAUCCUCGUCAUUUAUGAGGAAAGGUAUUAAUGCCACAACUGCAAGUGUUCACCGAACAGACAGAACAACUCGAAUGUUACUUGCAAUUGUUUGUGUAUUUUUGGUUACAGAAUUACCACAGGGAAUAAUUGCUGUAAUGAGUGGAAUGUUUUCUGAAGAAUUUCGUUCCCACAUUUACAAUAAUUUGGGGGAUAUUCUUGAUUUAUUAUCAUUAUGUAAUGCUCUAGCUUCUUUUAUUAUAUAUUGCUCAAUGAGUGCUCAAUUUCGUAAUGAAUUUCGCCGUGUUUUCCUUCCAACAACUCAACGUGUGAAAUGUUGGCGUCAAUUACUUGUAUUAACUAGAAGAAGGAAAAGAAAUGACGUGGAGAAUAUUAAAUUUGAAAGAAGGCAGGAAAGUGGAGGUGGAUGUGAAGAAAGUGAUGGAUUAGUUGAGGAACAAGAACAAAAUAAUACAACAACAAAAAGUCCAUUAUUAAGAAGGCCAACAAUACAGCAACAACCAAUAAAUACUCGAAAUGGUUGUCUUUCAUCUUCCUCUAUUUUUUCAAAACAACAAGCAAAAUAGAGAAGGAAAAUGAAUUUUUGAAAAAA